UCGACUAUUUCAUCUUGCAUGAAACUCUUUGCAUCUACCUGUACCGCUUGUGGUACCGGCGUUGUGUUUUUGGAACGAAUUUUGUCUGUCCCAGACAUCUUGCAUAUUGCCUCCGAGGCUACAGACCCGGCGUAGAUGUAUGCUGCCACUUCCGGGCUACACGGGCUUAUUACCGGAUGGGAGACUUGGAUUCCACUCUAUCUUGGGGAAUGUAUAUUUGAACACAAGGAAGAAAGCUACGCAUUAGGCAGGCGCGGGGACGCCACAUGUAAGAGGAAGAGUGUUAAUCUUUCUCAGGAUAUCAUAACUUUGAAAUACCCAUCAAUAUUGAAUAGUUCAGCACAUGUCUUGUUGCGGAUUGUGAAGACUGGACUACGAACAGGGUUAUCACCAGUUAAGGAUUUGGUAUCAGGAAUUAGGCAGGGUAAAGAACAACGCACUUUGCGCAUCGCUCUCACAGCUUCUGCAUCAACUCGGCGACGCGUAAGCAUGAAUGUAAACACACCGCUUUACUGUUUCCUCGAUAUGCCAGGGAUACCGUGGCGAGCGUCAAACAGUGACUGCACAUUUACGUCCAGGUCUGGAACCUCCCAACAAACAUAACUCACAGUUCACCUGGAAUGGCAUUUAGACAGCUUCAAACCUGCAGGGCGUGCGCUGCUGCGCAUAUACUCUAUCCUCAGAACAUCCUCUUGUCCGCAGAAGUGCAAGGGCAUUG